AACAAAGUCAAAUGUGACACGACAAGUAAAGAAGCAUUACUUACAAGCAAUUGAUUCUACUGUUCAUCGAUAGGAAACAGCUUAAACUUCCUGAGUCCUCAUUUUGAGGAUCAACUGUUGACCACGCACAGACCAGGAGCAGUGGCGUGAAGGCCUUUGGGAUAUGCCAUCUUAGACUUCGAAGCAGUAGUGUAUAUGAAAUAACUUGGAACAAAUCCGGCCAACUUUAUAGCGAGACGUCUUUCAGUGUCAAGCAAAAAAAACUCGACAAAAUUAUGAAAAAGAUAAGCAGCAGUCGUGCAGUAUAUGAGGUAAACUUACAUGGAGCCAGUGGCACAGUGCCUGGGCCGAUUUGCGCGGAUAACAUGAGAGUGAGGCAACGAGAACAAACGUCGUCCAUUCCAGGAAAAUCUUUGAAUCCACGCAAAGAGAGCGAAACGAAGUUCAAAUUUACCAAGUUUCCGGUGCGCAAACAAGAAGCCAUUAUUGAUAAAGACGAAGGCACUUCUUCCGGUUCUGUAGAGUGACACCUUGUGUCAUACAAGAGAAAUAUCCACCACUUUGGCUUUGUAUUGACCAGCUCCGCCAAGAUUUUGUUUAAAUUAUGAUUACUAUACUUGGAAAAAAUCUCCCAGUAAACGCCAUUGUUGAAGUUUAAUUUACAUUAUAGGCUACUAAUGAUUUCCAUUGAGCUGCAAUACAAGGGUACACAAAGCGACACAACCACGUUCCUCUGACCCCCUAAGACAAUAAAUAGAGUUUUAAAUGUUUCCCUAAAAUCAAGCAAAUUAACACUGACUGGGUGAUAAUUAUAAACUAUGUAAAUGCACGUUAUUGCAGCACCGACAACUCUGGCUUUGUCCGUCGAAAUGCUUCAAAACUGAGAGAGACUGGAAUUGUAUGUUAGAGAUAGCUCGAUAUGCAUGCUUGAAUGAUCAUGUGCUAUGUUUAAUGAAUAUUAGUGACAGAGAGCGGAUACAUUUAACGCAGCAAGGACAACAUAUUUCUCAUAAGAUAGGAUAAUUACAAGAAGGUAAAGUGCUAUAUAAUCAAAUUGAACAACGCAAAGGUGCUUCAAGAAGUCCAAGAUAGCGAAACACUUACCUGCUUUCGUUCCGUUAGCUGCUGAACUUAUAUACUGAAACUCCAUACCAAGGAACUCAUUUUUGCGAAGCCAGUUUUAUUUCAUCUAGAGAAGUCCCGCUAUUGUAGUUUGCUCUCAUCAUUACAGGAUUUAAAAAUCUCAUUCGUCGACAGAGGUGGAAGAUUUUGGUGUAAACAAACCAUUUGCCAGUUUUUCAAUCCCAAUGGAUGACGCUUCCAGAAAUCGCUCAGUUGUUUUGAAGAUUUUUGUCAUAUUGGCAUUCACAGGGCUGACAUAUGGUAACAAGCUGGACGACUUGCUGAAUGAUGAUAAACUACUUCUGUAUGUGGCCAUUGGGUUUCUUUGUUUCUCUGUGCUGUUCCUAUUUUUAGCGAUUCUAAUGAUCUCUAUCGUCGUCAUCAGAAUGCAGAAAAUGAGAAAGGCACGUCAGAAGGAAGAGGAUGAAGCAGGCGGAAGAAUCAGUGAAACAAUUAUCGCAAACCCUAAUGUUUUGCAACACCCUCCUGGGCGAAGCUCGAUCGAACCAACAAAAUGGGAACGUCACCCAAACGCAGGGAAGAACGGCGGCAAAAGGGUAUCUAAGGGAAACACCCCUGUAGACUAUCUGGAGUAUAUGGACUUGAUAAUUAUGGACGCUGCGAAUAUGAACCUACCGCGUGCAAAGAGGAUAGAAAGUGAGAACAGGGAGAAGACAGUUUGACUUUAAGAUUGUGUGACAGGCUGCAAUACUGCGGUGUUUUGAACGUCUAAGUCCCUCGCUGUAUUUGAGUUGAGAUUACAAUUUGUAGAUUUGGCUAUAGAAUAUCAAAUUAAAGAAACUGUGAAGAAAUUUAAUUUGCCGUUCUAAACACAAUAAACCUCUUUUUCUUUUCCAUUCA